UCCUUUCAUGGUUCUUUUCCCUAUAUUCUCUGAUACUUCGUGUUCCACUUUACCGGAACAGCUUCUGAUUUAUUCACAUUUUUAUCACUUGUUCUACCUGCAUCACUGGUGGCACUUCUGAUUGCUCCAAAGCAGUUAUGGUGGUAGGAAUAAAUCCAAAAUUUUAUUUUAUGGAUGGAAGUUUGUCUGAAAUUUUAACAUUAUACUUUGAUUCUAGUCCAAUUGUGAAGAGGCUUCACUGCUGUCGAUUGAUUCAAUGAUGCUUUUCACAACAUUGGAUAGUGGCAGUAACAGUGGCAGGGGCUUUCAAAAAUACCUUUUUGACACACUCAAUAAAUUUGUCAACAUCACUGAAUUUACUACAAAUCUCUUCUGCAACUCUCCUUCAGGCAUCAGCUAAACAAGUCACAUAUACUAUUUUACUGUAUAAUGGUUUUAAUGAAUUGGCAUCUUUCUCCAUAUAAGGUUCAGCAUCCAUUACGAAGAGUGAUACAUCGUCAUGCUUUAUACCUUCCGGCCACAUGGUAUGUGUAGGUCUGUCAAGCAAUUUACUAAUCUUGGAAAAAAGUACUUUUUUUCUAAAUUUUCAGUUUCUGAUAAACUUUUCACAUGGACUACCUUCUUCCGAAGUUUCCACAGUGACAUUUGCGAUAUUUCUCCACAUAGAGUCUGUGCUUUUAAUAGUUGAUACCCAUAUUUUAUUAUUCACGACCUUUUGUCUGAAUUCUUGCAUUGUUUUCUGGUAGCUUCUGCUGACAGUCAUUUCUUAAUGUGGAAGAAUAGGGAAAAAUUUUCAUGUGCAUUUUUCUAAGAAUUCAUGAUAUAUAUUUGAUGGUUCAGGUUACUGAAGGGAAUGUUAGCACACAGGAAGACUGUACAAAGUUCUUCACAUAAUGGUGAAUAAAAUUGGUGGAAUUCCCUUAGGAGCAUUUACAGCAGUGUUUUUCCAUUUUCAAUCUGUUGUACACCAAGUUUGUGUUCUUCUGUUGCAACAGGCUGCUGAACAUUAAAUGAGUUCUCUGCAGUUACUCCUAUGUUUACGAUACAGAAUUUUUACCAUGAGUCAGAAAUGCUUUCUUACUGAACUGAGACAUGUACUGUUGUAAUACUGUUGAAUACUUUGCUUCUUAUUAGACAUUUUUUCUGAACUAAGUUGCACACACUUCUGACUUAAAGACUGAAUAACAAAAUGAGACGCUUGUCUGCAGUCCAGGGUCCAGAAUGUCUUAAGCAACUACCUAUUCAUAGAGUAAGGCUAAAGUCCAUAUUGUGAAUUAAAAGAAAAUAGGGGAGGAAGGUAUAUAUUUGCAAAUUUUCAGGAAACAAAUAGAGGUGACAUAGAAGAAAGAUAUUACAUGAUAAAUGUUCUUCUUGAAAGUGUGAAUAUAUAAUCAAUAUGAUCAUUUACUGUCUGAAGUAUGCCCAACCUAAGAGAAAUGGCUAUAUAUCCAUAAGUAUGACUUAACAAAUUACAGUAAUUCAUUUAGUUUUUUCAUAACAAUCAUUUGUGUGUAUUUAAGGAAAAUGGUGGUCAUGCUGAAAAUAUAUGCCCUAUUAUAAAAAUCCUAGCCCUAAUGAUGACUAUGCCAUAGUUUUUACUUUUGAUUUUGUUUAUCCAUUAAUGGUAGUUCAUUUCUCGAUAUUUUUUUCUCUUCAAAUUGUGCAAGGUUCUAAAAAUAAUUUUAUUAGUUCUUAAUUUAGUGUAAAUGCUGAAGACAAAAGCUGCAAGUAAAUGAUUGGAGAGAAUUUGAGAGUAGCCUUUUUUAUGGUCUCCAGUUGUCAGGUGUUGUAAAUGAAUGCUUAAGUGUGAAGUUCAUAAAUGAAGUGCUAAUUAAAGUAAAUCAGUCAAACAUUUGUGAUAAAUGGUUGCUUACAUGAAUUUCAAUGUCACAUCUGUAGCAUUUAACGAACGGAGAGUGAUGGACGAGUGGUUAUGGUGGAAGGAUUGGUGGAGACUCAGAGAGUGGAUUGUCAGGGAUGACAAUCUUGUCUACUGUCAAGAUGAAGGCAAUCUGACAGAAUACAGAGAAGAUGGCGGUGGAGACACUAAACAAGUUGUUGUUGGUGUAUGUGCCAUGGCAAAGAAAUCACAGUCAAAACCGAUGAAAGAAAUCCUGACAAGACUUGAAGAAUUUGAAUUUAUUAAAAUUGUGAUAAUACCUGAAGAAAUUAUUCUAAAAACAUCUGUGGAACUUUGGCCAAAGUGUGACUGUCUUAUUUCCUUUCAUUCGAAGGGUUUUCCAUUAGAUAAGGCUAUUCAGUAUGCUAAUUUAGUAAAACCCUUUAUAAUUAAUAAUCUGCAUAUGCAAUAUGAUAUACAGGAUCGGAGAAAGGUAUAUUCCAUUUUAGAAAAGGAAGGAAUUGAAAUACCACGUUAUGCUGUCCUGGAUAGAGAUUCCCCUGAUCCAAAACAUCAUGAACUUGUGGAAUCUGAAGACCAUGUUGAAGUUAAUGGGAUCAUCUUCAAUAAACCAUUUGUUGAAAAGCCAGUUUCUGCUGAAGAUCAUAAUAUUUAUAUAUAUUAUCCAACUUCAGCAGGGGGAGGAAGUCAAAGACUGUUCAGAAAGAUUGGAAGCAGAAGCAGUGUAUACUCAGCAGAAUCAAGAGUCCGCAAGACAGGUUCAUACAUUUAUGAAGACUUUAUGCCAACUGAUGGCACUGAUGUGAAGGUGUAUACUGUUGGCCCUGACUAUGCCCAUGCAGAAGCACGUAAAUCCCCAGCUUUGGAUGGCAAAGUUGAACGUGACAGUGAAGGAAAGGAAAUUAGAUAUCCUGUGAUAUUAAGCAAUGCAGAGAAGCUGAUAUCAAGAAAAGUUUGUUUGGCAUUCAAACAGACUGUUUGUGGAUUUGAUUUGCUGAGAGCCAAUGGAAAAUCUUUUGUUUGUGAUGUGAAUGGAUUUAGUUUUGUCAAAAAUUCUAACAAGUAUUAUGAUGACUGUGCCAAAAUAUUGGGCAAUAUGAUUCUUCGUAAGCUUGCCCCAACACUCCAUAUACCUUGGUCUAUACCAUUCCAACUUGAUGAUCCACCAAUUGUGCCAACAACUUUUGGAAAAAUGAUGGAGCUGAGAUGUGUUGUUGCUAUUAUUAGACAUGGAGAUCGGACUCCAAAACAGAAAAUGAAGGUUGAAGUUCGACAUCCAAAGUUUUUUGAGAUAUUUGAAAAGUACGAUGGUUAUAAAGAUGGCCAUGUUAAAUUGAAACGCCCAAAACAGCUGCAGGAAAUACUGGACAUUGCUCGAUCUCUUCUGAGUGAGAUUGAGCUAAGAGAAGCUGAUCCAGAAAUUGAAGAGAAACAAGGAAAAUUAGAACAACUGAAGAGUGUUUUGGAGAUGUAUGGGCACUUCUCAGGGAUUAAUCGGAAAGUGCAGAUGAAAUACCAACCAAAAGGGAGACCACGAGGCUCAAGCUCUGAUGAUGAUGUGCCCAAAGAGCCAUCCCUUGUCCUAAUUCUAAAAUGGGGUGGUGAAUUGACACCGGCUGGUAGAAUACAAGCCGAAGAGCUGGGAAGGAUCUUCCGCUGCAUGUAUCCAGGAGGACAAGGUAGACAUCUGAGUGGUGAAUAUGCUGGAACACAAGGCCUUGGAUUACUGCGCCUGCAUUCAACUUUCCGUCAUGAUCUUAAAAUAUAUGCAUCAGAUGAAGGACGGGUGCAAAUGACAGCAGCUGCUUUUGCUAAAGGCUUAUUGGCACUUGAAGGAGAACUCACACCAAUCUUGGUCCAAAUGGUGAAAAGCGCAAAUACGAACGGUUUAUUAGACAAUGAUUGUGAAUCAAGCAAAUACCAAAAUAUGGCCAAAGCUCGUCUCCAUGAACUUAUGCAAAAGGAUGCUGACUUCACAAAAGAGGACCGUGAGAAGAUUAAUCCGUGCAAUGCAAUAAGUAUCAACACUGCAUUGGACUUUGUGAAGAACCCUGUUAAGUGCUGUGAGCAUGUCCAUCAACUGAUUCAAAAACUGAUGAAUAUUGUAAGGAUUAAAAAAGAUGAUGUGAAAACUAAAGAUGCUGUCCUUUACCACGGUGAAACAUGGGAAUUGAUGGGUCGUCGCUGGGGAAAAAUAGAAAAAGAUUUUUGUACAAAAAAUAAAACUUUUGACAUAUCUAAAAUACCUGAUAUUUAUGACUGUAUAAAGUAUGAUCUGCAACACAAUCAACAUACUCUGCAGUUUGAGCAGGCUGAAGAACUUUAUAUAUAUGCAAAGUAUUUAGCAGACAUUGUAAUACCACAGGAAUACGGCUUAACAGUCCAAGAAAAACUUACCAUAAGUCAAGGCAUAUGUACACCGCUCCUCAAAAAAAUACGUGCAGAUCUGCAAAGGAAUAUUGAGGAAUCUGGCGAAGAAACUGUCAAUCGUUUAAAUCCGAGAUACUCCCAUGGUGUUUCAAGUCCUGGUCGCCAUGUUAGAACGAGGCUGUAUUUUACCAGUGAGAGCCAUGUACAUUCACUUCUAACCGUUCUGAGAUAUGGUGGUUUACUUGAUGUUGAAAAAGAUGAACAAUGGCGCCGGGCAAUGGAGUAUGUUAGCAUGGUCUCGGAACUGAAUUAUAUGUCCCAAAUUGUAGUUAUGCUGUAUGAAGAUCCAACUAAAGACCCAUCUUCAGAAGAAAGGUUCCACGUGGAAUUACAUUUCAGUCCUGGUGUCAAUUGUUGUGUUCAGAAAAACUUGCCUCCAGGCCCAGGGUUCAGGCCACACAGCAGAAAUGAGACUGGGAGCACACCUUCAGUGACAGAUGAAAUGCCUUCUGCUGGAAAUGGUACCCCAGGAACACCAGGAAGCCCUUCCCAAAGCAGCUCAGUUGAAGAAACUGCAAUCCAGGUGCCAGAGUAUGAAGCACAGCCAGACAUUUCAUCAGCACAUAGUCCACCAUCAGAAAAGGCUGAUGAAGAAGAAGAGAAUUACAACUCAAAAGCUACUUCAUCUCAGCCGAUACCUAUAAGGUCACCAUUGGCAAAAGGAAUCAGCAGUACUGAGGCUUCAGAGUUGGCAUUACGUCUGGCAUGUGAAGUUUAUGGCCAACAGAGCAACAGGAGCUCAUCAUAUGGGGGUGAUGAACCACCGAGUCCUGAUGGUGAAUUCCGCUCAAAGAGCUAUGAAAAUAGGAGGAGAGAGAGAAGUGCAGUCAAAAGAGCAUCUGCAAAAUUCACAAAUUUUGGAAAACAUUGUUACCUAACACUUCCAUCGCCUUUAUCGCGUUCAAAGUCUUCCCCAAGCCUUAUGCCUAAACCCGCACCUGUUGUAGAAACAAUCCCUACACCAUCUUUUUCAGAUCGUAUUGCAUCAUGGCGGCACAACGCACAGAAAGAGACCUGUUAUCUUAGGAUGCUGGGAUUCCCUGUUGAAGGUUCUGGAUUUAAACUGCAGAGGAAAGUGGGUGCUUCUACAAGGAGCCUUUUCAGCACUGCAGUCAUUAGUGGGUCAUCUAGUGCUCCCAAUUUACGAGUUUCAACUGUUUCUAAUGUUUCUGCAAUUGAAGGGUGUGGUGGAGUGCCCCCCAUACGGCCUCUAGAGACUUUACACAAUGCUCUGUCACUGAAACAACUGGAUUGUUUCCUAGAGACUGUUACAUCUGCACCUCUGUUUCGCUCACCGUCAUCUUCGCCUCCAAAUUUUCCAUCUACACCACAUUCGUCACUGGUUCUUCAUCACUUGCCAUUGCAGUCUCCAAGCAGUAGUUUACAGUGGAGUGGUCCACCUUCAUUUGUAUCCAGCAGUGGAGCUUCCUCACCAAAUGGAGCUGAGUUUUCCAUGCGAGAUGCAAUGACUGUGGAAAACCGUGAUAGACCUGAGAAUGUAAUUACUACUAAAGGAUAUGACUUCACUGCUGCAAUGGCACAAAUUUUUCCAACAGUAUUUGAUCAAGAUUUGUGUGAUAUAAAUAUAUCAGACCAUGGAAAUGCAGAUACCUCCAGAGCCAUAAUGAGGGACACUUUUAAUGUGAGUGGAAUUUACAGUUGCCGAAAUAUGGGGUCCUUCAGUGGGAGUGAAUGCCUGUCUGGCCUCGAUAGUCGAGAUGGUGCUGACAGUGGUGAAGUAACUCCUGUUUCUGUCUCUGCAAGUUCUGAAUUUGAAUUUGAUGGGUACUUCUCUAACAUUGAAUUAGAUACUUCAGAUUCUACUGUAAUAGAGAAUGUACCCAGCACUGUAAGACAAGAUAGUGUACAAGAAACUCAGGAAAAUGCUGUAGUGAGUUUCUCUGCAAAGUCAGUUGUAGAUUCACUCGGAACCUUUACUGUUAAGGACACUAUUGCAAGCAAGAAAGAUAGAAGUAUAGGACUUGAUGGGGCCAAGUUUUUAUCUUGGCUUGAAACGACUGAUGUUUCAGAAGCUCGUGAGAGGCAGGGACCUGAGGAGUAUACAUUGGAUGCUGAAAAUAUGGUAGAUGCUGAAAUUGAUGUUACAGAUGAAGAAGACAAGACAAUAACAUCAUCUAUGACCUCCACCUCACCUGCAAGGAAAACUAUCUUUCAGGUGUUUGGUGACAAUGCACUACGAGCUUCAUGUAAUCCGGCAGAAUCAGACGCUAUGGCGGGGGGAGAGCCUGUGCCAGAACAUAACACUGAGAAAAAAUGUCCAUUUUCCAUACACUCCAGACUGUAUGUGUGGCCUAGUGAUUGUGGAGACAGUUCUAGAUCCCAGUCAGAUAAUAACAUUCAUGUGUGGGACUCUUCUUUAGCCAUUGAGGUACCAAGUGAGAAAAUAAAGUCGGAGCCAGCUUUAUCCGAGGCUGUUGUGGAGCAAGCAGCUGCAAACUGUGAACAGUUGCAUUCACUUCCUGAUAGUUUAGAUGUAAGUGAAAAACAAGAUGUUGUUUAGAUGACACAGUUUUCAUUAGAUAUGCAAAGAAUAUGAGUGAGAUAUUCACUUUGUGAAACCUAACUGAUAAUACAUGAAUUAAACUCUUAUGCUUCCAUGAAUUUAAGCAGGAAGUAUACAUGAUGUGUGAUGGUAAAAGUAAGAAAAAAUCAAAAUACAGUUCUUGAGACCUGACAGGAUGAAGUUUUGUUAGUUUUCUUAGUGUCUUCAAUGCAUUCCGGUCUGUCAUUGGCUGGAAUGAUACUGGCAAUUCUUGCUCAUUUCAUUGAUGAUAUGUAAAUAGUGCAAUAAUAUAUACAAGCACAGUGUGUUUGCAGGCUGAUUUUUUUAAGGCUCCUCUUUUGAUUCGGUGUUCUGUCAUUAAUAGAAAUUGUAAUCAUAGUGAUUAGCUCUAUUUUAUUACGUGGAACUGAAAGUAAAGAACAUUGUGUUAUUAACAAGAGAUAGUUUAGCUAGAAUUAUUAGAAGUAAAAUGUUUCUACAAAUUUUGUCUGUGGCACCAUUGACAGACUGAUGAUUCAUGUAGUUGCUUUAUUUUUAUGUGAGCUACAGGAGUGUAUGGUGAAAAAUGUUUCACAAUUAUUUUGAAUAAUUACCUAUGUGAGAUGGAUAACCAACAUCUCAUUUAUAAAGGUCUCAUAGAGGGGGACAGUGGGAGAGAAUGUUUGUCAAAUAGCUACUGAAUUCUCCCAAAGUAAAAGAGCAAUCCAUGAAAGGUGGUUUUUAGAGCCACUUCUUUCUCCCUCUUCUCUCUCUCCUGCCUCUUCCCUUUGCUCCCAUUCAGUCUCCUUUGAGCACAGUGACAACUGUGUUCAACACAUAACAUUCAUUUUGGAUAGGAAUAGGGUUCAACUCCUUGUCUGGCCAUCCUGAAUUAGGUUUCUUGUCAUUUCCGUAAAUCGAUUAACAUGAAUGUUGGUAUGGUUUCUUUCAAAACAUGUGGUCAACAUCCUUGCUCCAUCUCUGAUGACAUCAUUGACCCCUAAUCUUCCAUUCUGUCCUCUUCCCUCACACUUCAAUUCUUCUUCCAUUUCACUUGCUCUCCUCCUUUCUGCUCUAUCUUUCUCUGCCAUUUCAUCCUCCUUCCAUGUUCUUCUUUCUUCCUCUCACCCUAAUGUCACCUCCCCCCCCCCCCCUCUCUCUCUCUCUCUCUCUUACUGAAAAAAAUCUCCAUUGAGAGGUUUGCUAAUUUUAAGUGUUUAUGAUUUAUGUAAGGCUGUUUUUUUGGGAAAAACCUUGUAUGUAUGAUGCUACCUGCCAAAGUGUAAAUGUUUUGUUGUUUGUGAUUAUUUUAUCUAAUGCUCACAGAAUUGUUGUAAUAUUAUGGAAGAGGGAGGGAGAGGGAUAGAGAGAACAAUUUUGUUACAAUCUGGUUAAGUAAGCAGAUGCGGAUUAUAUAUAUAAGUGUUGUAUGGAACAUAUAUGUGAUAAAAGUGCUGUGUGUGUAUCUGACAUAUAAUUUUUGUGGAUAAACACUCUCAGUUAGUAGAAGGAAAGAGAGUGACAGAAGCAUUUGACUGUGUGUAUGUAAUCAAGUGAGUAUUAAGACAGAUAUUGAAGGCUUGACUUUGAGUUUUCUGUGCGAAUAAAAUUUCAGUGAAAUUUAAUGGAGAGAUUAUUAUAUUUGCAGCUGCAAAACAACUCACUUGGGCGUCAUGAACAUGUUUGUUCUUGAAAGUGGGACAAUUUUUAUGAUGCAAAGAUUAAGAUUAUAAUUAUGAAUCUUCUAUGGAAAAUAUUGGUGAUAAAAGGGCUGUGGUAUGUAUAAUUUUCACGGAGAGGUGCUAUGAGUUAGUAGAAGGAAAGACUCGUGAACAGAAAAAAAACUGACAGUAUUUAAUGGCUUCAGUGAAAUGUAGUAAAUAGUGCAGUAGUGCAGAGUUGUUAUUUAAUGGUGGGAGUUAGACAACUAGUUUUAACUUUCCUGUACUAUAUGACAGUUUCCUCUGAAAUGUAAAUAAUAUAUGAUUGUUACUGUUGUUUGUUCAAGAUAUUUGAAUAAAGCAUACAGACAGCAUU